AGGACACAGACUGAUCUGCGAGAAGCGAGCGCUGCACUUUAUAUACUGGGGCUAAAUUUAGGGCUCCAUCCUGAACGUGUUUCCUCCACUCGCUCAAUUGGUCCAGCUACUCAGCUGCAAUAUUUAUAAGGUAGGAGGAUCUCCUGCUGUACAAACUUGAACACUUAAGUAGACCGUUUUUAGUCAGUUCUAAAGACUUGUGAAAAGCAAAGUAUAGGCAAGGCACACGUUUUAACCUCAAGAGCAAAACUUUGGACGUAUGGAGAUGGCCUUAUCUGGGACCAUUUUACCAUCAAUAGCAACAUUCUCAAACCAAAAGGACAAACUUUGGGAACAAAGGUGGAAAAACGAAGCGGACAAAUCCGUAUCUUCCAACUGCACUGAACUUAAUAUGGACAGUUACCGUGGAAGAAAGGACGAAGAGGAUCUGAGUAAAUACUUAGAUCUGGAGUUUAUUCUUGCCAACACAACCGGCGCCGAUUGCAUCGGGGCGCUCACCACAGGUGCGGAGUAUUCCAUGGCCGGCACGGAACCGUGCAACCUUUACCAAACCGUAAACAGCAUGGGCACUUUCCAGUCAAACGAUGCCAGCCCACCUCCACCGCCCUACAACAACAGCCUCAUGGCCGAACUUUUGAGAGUCGAUGUUGACAGUUACGGCAUGCCGAGCAAUGGCACAAUUCAAGGAAGAUUUCUCAUCAACUCAGCGCCUUUCCCCAGACAGGACUUUGUUGACAUCAAGGUCGAGCCGUCCAUGGACAGUUACGGACCAGUUAUGGGCAUGGUCCCUCAGACAUGUCAGAAAAUCAAGCAAGAGGGCAACGUCUCAUGCAUGAUGUCUUUUGAGCAGCCCCGUAUUGCCAUAUCGCCACGGGCAGCUGCCAACAUGACUCCACCACUUAGUCCGGAUGACCAAGGGAAUUCUGAGUGCCAGCCACAAGUCUGCCACAACAUCUUCCCGCAGACCUACUCCGCUUAUGCCCAUCACCCAGCUCCUCCGCCGUCUCAGCAGAUGCCACAUCCCUACCGGGGAGCGCACCAGUUCGGUAUGUUCGAAGACGGUCUCGGGAUGCAGCCGAGCUCGCAGAGAGCUCUGCUCACACCUCCGUCGUCGCCACUCGAGCUUCUGGACACCAAGCCCAAGAGAGGACGUCGCUCCUGGCCAAGAAAGCGCACUGCCACGCACACCUGUACCUUCGCUGGCUGUGGCAAAACUUACACAAAGAGCUCACACCUCAAGGCUCAUCACCGCACACACACAGGUGAAAAGCCAUAUCACUGCAACUGGGAGGGCUGCGGAUGGAAAUUCGCUCGUUCCGAUGAGCUGACGCGCCACUUUCGCAAGCACACCGGUCACCGUCCCUUUCAGUGCCACCUCUGCGAACGUGCCUUUUCCAGGUCGGACCACCUGGCACUGCACAUGAAGCGUCACAUGUGAACGGACGCAGGACUGAGACAACAGUGUUGAAGAACAUGAAUUUGUUAUGUCAAUUGCCUUACAAUAUUGUGUGUUUUUUUUAUUUAAUUUCCAAAGGCAUUUUCAGUCGUUUAUAAAGAUGUAUAAUGUUAUAAUUUUUUUAACAAAUGUAGCUGGUACUACGAUUGCAAGAGCAAGAAAAUGUCUUUUUGUGUGUGUACAUUGGGGUUUCACCACCAACUUGAAAAAGUUGGCUCUUGACAUAUUUGUAUUCAACUGGAACAGUGUAUAACAGUGCCUUUUUUUUAUUUACGAGUACAAACUACUGUAUGAGGGCAAGCCUGUUGACUAGCAAUGUUAAAAAAAAAAAGAAACAGUAAUAUCUGGAUUGACAAUAUGAGCUCAGUGAUAUGACAAUGUUUUGGUUUAGAAACUGCCUUAAAGUUUCAGUGACUCUAGCUCUUUGUGCAUUCUUUGCAAGACAGUUCUUAAGUCAUGAUGGAUUUGGUGUAUAUGUAUUUCUAUUGAAACAAUUGUAUCAUAUAGGUACAAUAACUGUACUCUCAAGCCCCAGUGUACAAUACCAAAUCAGGGCUUGAUGUCCUGUUUUUUUUCUAUCAAAUGUGUAUAUAAAUUUUAUAUUGUAAGUAGGGUAUUUAUUGUAAAUAUUAAACUAAAUUUGAAUAUA